CCCAUCCGUGGAUCAUCUCUUGCCAAUUUAAUUAUUAUCUACAUUGUUUUUUGAGCAUUAGAUCCAUUAACUGAAAGGUAUAGACGUACUCUGUAUGUACAAAGCUUGUGUUGUUAAGAUGACAAAUCGACGACUGCCGAUGAGACGACUGCCAUAUGUUCGAUUACCUUGUGAAUUCAUGUCAUUCGUAUAAGUUUUUAUGCAUAUUUUUCUGCCAGUUUAAAAGUUGCCCCCCCCCCCUAUAGCUUGUCAUGGUACGCCACUGGCUGUUUGAGCACCACUAUGUAGAUAUUAGAUGAUAUAUGUGCGUCAACAGAGCAGAGGAUUCAGGUUUAGUCAUCCUCUGCAUUGCAUUUGAUUCAGAUUACUAUAAGAUGAUUUUUAAUAGAUAUUUGGUCUUACAUGAGUCACAUUGGAAAUGUUUUUUCCUAUUGAUUCAGAGUAGUAUUUUCAUGAACAACCUAUCACUGAUACAUCGCCUUUCAUGUUCAUUCACAUAUGCUUAAUACUUCUGAAUAAUGUACGUCAAGAGAACCUAGGGUUCAGGUUUAGUGCAUCCUCUCCAUGUUCUACAGCUUGACCUUGAGCUUCAUUCAAUUUGAGCUGCCUCAAAUUUUAAUAUGAGUUAAACUGAUUUGAUUUUAUGCCUGCUUAAUGUAUUGCGUUUCUUCUUACAUUGACUCAAAAUUUUAUGUCUGGUUUACCUACACAAGGGCACAAUGAUGAAUUUUACGGAGGAUGCUCCUGUAAAGAAAGGCUCUGUUCUCUUAACAAGGAUGGAAAGUAUAACGGCAUACAAAAACCAACGUGGACAACCCAGAUCUGGAACUCCAGAACAAUCUGACACUCCAGUGUCUGCUAAUGACAUGUGUUCCCUUGCUGAAUGGCCAUCCCAUGCUCGCCGCAACCGUGCACUACUACAGGAUGAAGCUGGUGGACAGAAGAAGAAAGGGCGAGGUGUUCUAAAAGGUUUUAAAGCAUCUAAGAAGCGUUUUGCCAAUGGAUCUGCAAAGCUAAAUAUUACAUUCUCUGAAAAAUUGGGUGGUACAGUAGGAAUGAACUAUCGUUCGUUCAAGGAUGACGUGGUAGUCGUAAUGAAAAGAAAGUUACCACUCAUUGGAGUGAGGACGUGGUCGGACAUUCACCCUACCAUUCAUCGACUCAUUAUUGCAGACAUGAUAGACAGAUGGGACUUGGAAGAUACACCAGAAACAGAAGAAAAAGUUCUCAAAAUUGCGAAAGAGCGAUAUAGAGGCUGGCGAUCAACUCUAAGCUCCACUUACAAGGCAUACAAAACAGAUGCAGCUAGAUUGGCUAAUCUGCCGGAAGAUUUGCAACCAGAAGAGUGGGAAUGGAUGAUUGAGUACUUUGGCACUGAUUCAAAAUUUCAGGAUCGCAGCCAAAAGAACGCCGAUAACCGUAAGAAACAGAAGACAAAACACAUAAUCGGAUCAAAAUCUUACUCGCAAGUUAGUUUUGAGAAGAGAAACUUGGAAACUGGAGAAGAGCCAGAUUGUAUUGCUUUGUGGGAACUCACCCACACGAACGAUGGAACAUGGUCUAACACAGAUUCCCAGAAAGUUCACGUGAGUACACUGACUUUUGGUUAUUCUAUAGUUAGUCAAUGA